AUGAAGCGUCUGUUGGAAUCAGAUCCAGAUGUCGAGGAGGUCUUCAUGAUCCAAGGACCGAAAGAGGCAGGUUUGGUGGUUUCCUUUCGAUCCAUGCGAUCGGCCUCUGAUGCCCUGGAACUGGGCCGAAACCUGCUGGGUGAUCCUGAAGUGGUGGACAAAGUGAGCCAUGAAGAGCUUCAACGCCUCAGGGAACACAGCAGAGGCAGUUACCGACCCAAUCCAGUCAGGCAAGCUGUGAAGGAUGUCCCUCCACCUGUGGUGCCUGCCGAGCAAGUUGCGGAGAGAGCCCAGAUGGAUUCCAGUGGAAUCAAUGGCAUCGACCUUCAGGAAGCGCUGCUUCAGCAGGAGGUGAAACAAGACCAGCAGUUGCAAGCAGCAGCAGCUCAGCUACCAGCAGCAAAGCCGGAAGAUGUCCAGACUGAAAAGGGGCUCUCCACUGCAAGUCUGGAAGUCAAUGAAUCCGUACAGAAGGCGUUGAAACAACUUCAAGAAUUGGUGCCAACUGCACAGGAUGUGGCUGCAGCUUCAGUGGAGCCUGCAACUUCUCCGCGAAAGCUUGAACCGGGAGGGGUGGCUGUCGCCAAGAGCAAAGGCGCCCGAGCCAAAGCCAAAGCGCGCGCUGAGCCGGAGGCAUCCCCAGUUGCCCCUGUUGCGCCCCCUGCUGUGGUGCCAGGUGUGCCUGACAGCGACAAGCCGUCACCGAAAGAAAAGAAGGUGAAAGACAAGAAGGAGAAAAAAGCGAAGAAGUUGAAGCAAAAGCAAGAGAUGGAGGAGCGAAUGCGAAAAGAGGUGGAGGAAGAACUUCGACGCGAGGAGGCGCGGCGUUGUGGCCCUGGCCGACGGCCGAAGUGGCGCUUGGGGUCCUUGCGUCAGGCUGAUGGUUCCGAUCGCCCCGAUGACAUUCGACCUGGAUGACAAAA